AGACUAGCCAAGAGAAUAUGUAAUCGCUUUAAUGUCCUGUAAGUUAGCGCAAUGUCUAUGAGUGACGGCCGGCUCUGCUCGAUCUUCCUCAACUUGACACUUGGACUUGUGCACAUAGCACGAAAUAGAACCAUGUCCACGUUUGAACAUAACGGCAUUAAAGCGAUUGACACAUUUUCUUACGAGCCUGACCGCUCUCAGUCUUCUCUCUGGUUUUAUAUACAAAAAAGGAUUCAACAUAAAGGCACCAAAAAAAAGAGGAUUCGCGUAUCUGUCAAGUUUAAAUAACAACAAACAAUUGCAAUGACAUCGAGCAGAAGUACAAAAGAAGUUCUUUUAUCUUUAAUAGAUGACAUUGAAUUGAUAGCAAAAGAGAUGAUAGAAAAUACAAUUGCUCAAAAGCCUUCUAAGCUUUCGAGUGCUGAGCAUGCUGAAUUAACCGAAUUAUUGGUGGCUAAAGAUAAUGAACUAAAGGCAACUCUGAAGAGAGCUGCUGACCAAGCUAAAAUCAAUUUGAAGAUGGAAGCUCUAAAAGCUGAAGUAGAGAGACAGGAUCAGGAUAUUCAACAGUUACAACGGCAGCUAAAAGAAGCAGAACAGAUUUUGGCUACAGCAAUUUAUCAAGCAAAGCAAAAAUUACAGUCUAUAGCACGUGCUAAUAAGAGACCUGUUCCUUCAGAAGAACUUAUUAAAUAUGCGCAUAGAAUAAGUGCGACCAAUGCAAUUUGCGCACCGUUAACCUGGCAACAGGGAGAUCCUAGAAGACCAUAUCCCACAGAUAUUGAGAUGAGAUUAGGAUAUUUAGGACGUUUGAGCGAUUUGCCUCUAAAUGGACAAUUGCUUGGGUCUCAUCCAGGUAUACCUUCCGAUUUGCACAGAGCAGGACAUCCCACUGGAGGUAAAAUAUCUCGUGUUUACAUGUCACCACUUUAUUUAAUCAAUAAAACAUGUAGACUAUUUAUGAAAUGUGUUUUUCCCGUUGCUACUUCAGAACCACCUGUUUCACAAUCGAACCAAUUCGCUUGGCAUCCGUCGGGAGAGAUUCACAUGUCCGUUGGACAAGGCAGUGUGGCUGUGAAUACGCAUAAACAAGAAACUGAAGAUGUAGAAGUUAUGUCUACAGACUCCUCGAGUAGUUCGUCUAGUGAUUCCCAAUAGAGAUAGUAUAAAUUAUAA